GUCAAUAGUCGUAAAACAUCGUAGAAAAAUAAAAAAAAAAAAAGAUGCAUCAUUCUCAAUGUCUAGUGCAUGAUAAAAGAGGCUAGACUAUAUAAUUUAUAAUUUUUAAGUAAAAAAAAACUAUUAUUUGUCAAUUUUUUUUUUUGAUAACAACAUACUGUCGUCAUAUUAAUUGACUCAUCAAUGUUAUCAUUUUUUGAAUAAACCAUCAUUUUGAUAAAACACACAGUGUUAAGUGUAUAAAAAAAUUCCAAAUGAAACAAAAAGUUGUGAGAUAAUCUUGGAUUUAUUGAUUUCUCUCCACGUUGUUUCUCACUCACUCGUGAUUAUUUCUUUUUUAAACAAUUUAAUCAAUUUUUUUUUUACAAUUGUAAACACGUUUAUUAUUAUACAUAUAUUUUUUUUUUUUUUUUUCUUAUAUACACGUGUUUAAUUAAUCACGUGACAAUAACUCAAUUUUUGAUACAAAAAAAAGGAGUUAAUUAUCAUUAACAAUUUAUUUAAAAAUUGAAGCCUACUUGUGUUCAAUAAAAAUCAACCUCAAAAAGAAAACAAAUCUACAAUAAAUAAUAUUUAAUUUAUAUUAUUUAAGACUGAUAUAUUAAUUUUAAAAAAAACAACAACAACAACAACAAUUUAUUAUUGUAAAUAUCCAUGAUAAAAAUAUGCCAGUUUAUUGGAUGAUUCGUUUAAGUCGUAAUGUUUGGACUUCAAGAAGAGGUUGUCAUAGAGUUGUUACAACACCAAGAAAAUUACCAAAAUGUGUUUAUGUUAGAAGUUAUGGAACAACAAGUAGUGUCAAUGGACAACCUGGUAAAAUAUGGAAAUUUACAAAAAAAUUUAGUAAAGUUAUUAGUUUACCAAUUAGCAUUGGUGUGUCAUUAAUUGCUGUUUUACAAUGGCGUUAUUUGAGUAAAAAUCCUUAUCAAAAUGAUGGAGAAGUUGUCAAGGGACCACUCAAUGAUUUGAUGGUUGAUUGUUAUCGUUGUUUACCAUUGAGAAUAACAAGUCGUAUAUUUGGUUGGUUUGCUGGUUUUGAAUUACCAAAAAGUGUAAGAUCAACUGUAUUUAGUUUUUAUGCUAAAACAUUUGGUGCUAAUUUGGAUGAAAUUGAUGCUGAGCUUGAUUCAUUUCCAAGUUUAAUUGAUUUUUUUGUUCGUCCAUUAAAACCAGAUUCACGACCAAUUGCACAAAACACUGAUAUUGUAUCACCUUCUGAUGGUCGCGUGCUUCAUCUUGGUCCAGUAACAUCAUGUCGUGUUGAACAAGUCAAAGGUAUAACAUAUAAUUUACGUCAUUUUCUUGGUGAUAUUGAUAUUAAACAACAAAAGACUGAAUACACUCAUGAAGAAAAUAAUAAUUACAUUGAAUCAUUAUUAAAAAAUAAAAAUAAUAAACUUUAUCAAAUGACUGUGUAUCUUGCACCUGGUGAUUAUCAUCGUUUUCAUAGUCCAACUGAUUGGAAAAUAAAUUUACGUCGUCAUUUUCAAGGUAAAUUAUUGAGUGUCAAUCCAAAAAUAGCUAGUUGGCUUCCAGAUUUAUUUGCAAUAAAUGAACGUGUUGUUUAUCUUGGUGAAUGGGCUGGUGGUUUUAUGGCAUAUACAGCUGUUGGUGCAACAAAUGUUGGAUCAAUAAAUGUUUAUUGCGAUAAAAAUUUAGCAACAAAUAAACGUAAAUGGCCAAAAGAAAAAUUAUCAGAUGAUGCUUUCUUAAAUUGUGUUAAUAUUAGUAAAGGUGAAUUAUUUGGUGAAUUUCGAAUGGGUUCAACAAUUGUAUUACUGUUUGAAGCACCAGAUGAUUUUAAAUUUACCAUUGAUAUUGGACAACCAAUUAAAGUUGGACAAGGAUUAACUGAUAAACAUAUUAUUAAUAUUAAUCAUUCAACAGACGAUAUUAUUAAUGAUCAUACAACAGACAAUAUUAUUAAUGAUCAUUCAACAAAAAAUAUUAUUAAUUUCAAUGGAUGUAUUAAAGAUGCUGUUGAAAUUAUUUAUCCAACUGUUUGAUAUGCAUUAUUGGAUAUGAUAAUUAUAGUGUCUAUUAUUUUUAAUCAUUAAUAAUCAUUAGCCAAUUUUCAAACAACAAAAAAAAUAUUAAAAUAUAUAACUUUAUGUGUAUAUACAUAUUUUUUUUUUUUCUUUUUCAUAAUCUUCUUGUGGUCCAUAUAGUGCAACAAAAAAAAAAAAUAAAUAAAACAAUUUAUCAAUUCUGCUUGGAUUAACAAUGAUGAUGCCCAUCGGAAUUUGAUUUAAAAAAAACAAACAAUCGUGUCAAACUGUACAAAUAAUUGUCAAUACAAACUAAUUUACUUUUUUUUUUUUUUUUUAUGUACAAUUUUUUUUGGAAACAAGUUAUUAAUAAUAAGAUAAAAAAAUAAAAAGAAAAAAAAAAAAAAAAAAACGUAAUUGAAUGUGUUAUUAAAUGUGUGUGAAAUAAUUCCAAAUGUUUUUAUGAAAAUAUUUAAGUUAAUAAUAAAGAUAUAUUUCAUAAGUAAUUAAAUAAAAAUAGCAUGAAUAUUGUGUACAAGAAAAAUCAUGUAAUUAAUUGUAUCCCAAUUGACUACCUCACAAAAAAAAAACAAGUGAAAAAUUUAAAAUAAUAAUAAAAUUUUAAAUUUUUUAAUAAAUUACAAAUUUUUGGUGUUAUAAAUGUUAUUAUUGUUGAAGUAUUUAAUUGAUUUUUUUGUAAAAUAAUAUCAUUACCCAAAUAAUAAUUUAUUGUGUAGUUUAUAUUUAUUAAUUAUUGGUUUAUUGGUUUAUUUGCAUUUGUGUGUUAAUUUGCAUUUUAUUGUUGAAUGUCAGUAUUGAUUGUUGGUGUUGAAAAUUUAAAGUUUGUCAGCCAGUGACAACCAGGUGCAUCACGCACUAUUUUUUCUAUGAUGAAUAAUUUUUAUUUUUUUAUUUAUUUAUGAAAAGUAAAUGACAAUUGAAUUGGAAUAAAUAAUAAAAUUUUUUUUAAAACAA